UGCAGCAGCCGAGAAGCCCUUGCUCAGUAUCCAGUCCAGCAUCCUGCCCAGGAGGCUCCCCUCGGGGGCGCGGCCACCAUGUCCAACCCCUUCCUGAAGCAGGUGUUCAACAAGGACAAGACUUUCCGGCCCAAGCGCAAGUUCGAGCCCGGCACACAGCGUUUCGAGCUGCACAAAAAGGCGCAGGCGUCGCUGAACGCGGGGCUGGACCUCAAGCUGGCGGUGCAGCUGCCCCCUGGGGAGGACCUGCACGACUGGGUUGCCGUGCAUGUCGUGGACUUCUUCAACCGAGUCAACCUCAUCUAUGGCACCAUCAGUGACGACUGCACCGAGCAGUCGUGCCCCAUCAUGUCAGGGGGCCCCAAGUACGAGUACCGCUGGCAGGAUGAGCAGCGCUACCGCCGCCCCACGGCGCUCUCAGCCCCCCGCUACAUGGAUCUGCUCAUGGACUGGAUCGAGGCACAGAUCAACAACGAGGACAUCUUCCCCACCAAUGUCGGCACGCCAUUCCCCAAGAACUUCCUGGUGGUGGUGAAGAAGAUUCUGUCCCGGCUCUUCCGUGUCUUCGUGCAUGUCUACAUCCACCACUUCGACCGCAUCGCACACAUGGGUUCCGAGGCACAUGUCAACACCUGCUACAAGCACUUCUUCUACUUCGUCAGGGAGUUCAGCCUCAUCGACACCAAGGAGCUAGAGCCGCUGAAAGAAAUGACGGCAAGAAUGUGCCACUGAGAAUCCCAAGGCAGUGCCUACGACACAUCUGUGGAGCAGGGACCUGAGGUGAGGUGCUCUGUGUUCCAUUCCACGGUCCGUGUCCGCAGGGUCUAUGGCAGCCUUGAACUUGAGCUCUCAGCAACCAUGGGGAAAGCCACUGUCUGAACCUCUGC